CAGAAAUGGGAGUGGCCGGGAUAGGGCUUAGAACUACAACUCCCAGUAGCCAUUGCGGCCGCAGCCGCGCUUUCAUGCAACAGCCAGAGCGCCCCAGUCUUAAGUAAAAAAGCGCGCGAGGGCCGGACUACGAGUCCCAGAAGGCGCGGCGUCAGCAGCCAUGUUGGUAAAGGGCGCCCGGAAGAUGUGGAAACGGCUAGUGAGUCGUAGUCCUCCCAAAUACUCUGAUUGGUCAGGAUACGGUACCAGGGCAGGGCGCGAGCGAUUCAGCAUAUUAUCAUUGGAUGAAUCAGGGGGCGUGGUGGGGAAUUUCCCGCAGGGCGGAAGCGCCAGAACUCCGGCAAAGCCCAGCUACAGGCGAGCGACUGCGGGGGGCCCCUGAGGUGGCGGGGGCCAUGGCUGGGGUCGCGUGCUUGGGAAAAGCUGCCGACGCAGAUGAAUGGUGCGACAGCGGCCUGGGCUCCCUGGGUCCGGACGCAGCGGCCCCCGGAGGACCGGGCUUGGGCGCCGAGCUGGGCCCGGGGCUGUCGUGGGCGCCCCUCGUCUUCGGCUACGUCACUGAGGAUGGGGACACGGCACUGCAUUUGGCUGUGAUUCAUCAGCACGAACCCUUCCUGGAUUUUCUUCUAGGCUUCUCAGCCGGCACUGAGUACAUGGACCUGCAGAAUGACCUAGGCCAGACGGCCCUGCACCUGGCAGCCAUCCUGGGGGAGGCAUCCACGGUGGAGAAGCUAUAUGCAGCAGGCGCUGGGCUGUGUGUGGCAGAGCGCGGGGGCCACACGGCGCUGCACCUGGCCUGCCGUGUGGGGGCACAUGCCUGUGCCCGUGCCCUGCUUCAGCCCCGCCCCCGGCGGCCCAGGGAAGCCCCGGACACCUACCUCCCUCAGGGCCCGGACCAUAAUCCCGACAUCAACCAUACCCCUGUCGCCUUGUACCCUGAUUCCGACUUGGAGAAGGAAGAAGAGGAGAGUGAGGAGGACUGGAAGCUACAGCUGGAGGCUGAAAACUAUGAGGGCCACACCCCACUCCACGUGGCCAUUAUCCACAAAGAUGCGGAGAUGGUCCAGCUGCUCCGAGACGCCGGAGCUGACCUCAACAAACCGGAGCCCACGUGUGGCCGGAGCCCCCUGCACUUGGCAGUGGAGGCUCAGGCGGCCGACGUGCUGGAGCUUCUCCUCAGGGCAGGUGCCAACCCUGCUGCCCGCAUGUACGGCGGCCGCAGCCCCCUGGGCAGUGCCACGCUCCGGCCCAACCCCAUUCUUGCCCGCCUCCUCCGUCAACACGGAGCCCCUGAGCCUGAGGACGAGGACGACAAACCCGGCCCCUGCAGCAGCAGCAGCAGCGACAGCGACAGCGACAGCGACAGCGGAGACGAGGGCGAUGAAUAUGACGACAUUGUGGUUCACAGCGGCUGCAGCCAAACCCGGUUGCCUCCCACCCCAGCCUCGAAACCUCUUCCUGACGACCCCGGCCCCAUCUGAUUCAUUUGAUUGUUAAUAUAAUUUCCAAUUUAAUAAAUAAAACCCCAAUUCUGAAAACCAGAAA